CUCAUUUGUGCAUCAUGUACCCUUCUCUCCCACUAGAGUAUUCAUUAAGAUCACCACCACCAUCAGCUCCUCCACCAUUAUAUCACCAACAAGCACCACCACCACAACGACCACCUCCUCAGCCGCAUGCCACUGGUGUUCCAGCUCAAUACGUAACUCCUCCUCCCCUUAACGUCAACUGGUCCAGCAGCCUUUGUGCUUGCUGCUCCGAUGCCCCCAACUGUUGCUUAACAUGUUUGUGUCCGUGCAUUACUUUCGGACAAAUAGCUGAGAUCAUUGACAAAGGGAACACUUCUUGCGGAGAACAUGGGGCUCUCUAUGCCCUAAUCCACGCUCUCACAUGCUGUGGAUGCAUGUAUUCUUGUACGUAUCGGACUAAGAUGAGGAGUCAACACGGGUUGCGUGAAAAUCCAUGUCCUGAUUGCCUUGUUCAUUUUUUUUGUGAACCAUGUGCCUUGUGUCAGGAGUAUCGUGAACUUAAGCAUCGUGGAUUUGACAUAUCUAUUGGAUGGGAAGGUAACAUGGAGAGACAGAAUGAUGUACAUAUGCCACCGGUGGCUCCUGGAGGAAUAUCCUACAGUGACCGGGAUAUCCCUCCACCAAAGAGAAACAAUGUGACAGAAUGGGCAAAGAGAAGUAACCAAAUUGAAACCAAUUCUACCAAGAUUAUACGGUGUCAGAAGUUUACCAAGUCUGGCUCUCCAAACAAGAAUGGUAGCUUUACUCGGUACUAUUGA